AUGGACAUCACAAACAGUUACCCACUCCCAGACAGGGCUUCGUUGAGCUCAGCCUACGUGGGCAAGACACUAAAGGAUGUACCAUUACCCAGUGCUGUUCUUGACCUAGCAAAAUUAAAGAAAAACUGUGCGUUGAUGCUCGAUACGGUAAAGACACUGGACGUCGAUUUUAGGGCUCAUGUGAAGACACACAAAACGGCAGAACUUGCACGAUAUCAAGUCGGCGGGGAGUGCAAAGAUGUGCGACUCAUUGGUUCUACUGUCGCUGAGCUGGAAAACCUCAUCCCACUGAUGAAAGACUAUCAGAAGGCCGGUGCUCGCGUGAAUGUUCUCUACGGUAUACCUGCUGGGCCCUCUCACGCGGCUCGUCUAGCUGGACUCCUACAGUCUGUUGGACCCGGGUCACUAUCAUUGAUGAUUGACAACCCAAGGCAGCUUGAUACCGCCACUCGAGUCUAUGAGCUAGCUGGUUCUCUUCAGGUCAGAGUGUUUCUCAAAACAGAUUCUGGUUAUCAUCGUGCCGGAUUAGCACCGACUUCGGAUCGGAUGCAGGAUCUCGUCAGAGAGACAUUAUCAUUCGAGGCUCAAGGUAUCGUUCUGCUCGAAGGCCUUUACUCCCACAACAGUCUCAGCUAUGGCGGAAACUCCCCACUCGACGCCAUGGACAACCUGCGCACCGAAGUAGACGCCUGUUCUCAGGCAGCUCUCGCCAACACUCCAAACGGCUACAUCUCAUCGCGUGACCGGCCACUCAGCAUAUCAUGCGGUGCAUCUCCCACAGCCCUCUCCCUGCAAAACUUGCUCAGCAAUGGUUCCGGUACAGCAGCCACCAAAUCGGCAGAUACCUUACGUGCAUCCCUCGCCAAAGCACGAGAAGCAGGCAUUCACUUCGAGAUCCAUGCCGGUGUGUAUCCCACAUUCGACAUGCAGCAAGUCGCUGCCUCCUCCCGAGAGCUCGGAGAAAGACCCGAGGACAAUAUCGCCUUGACCGUCCUGACUGAAAUCUGCUCGACCUACCCGGAUCGGACAGAAACUCCAGAAGCACUCGUCAGUGUCGGAACCAUCGCCCUCGCAAGAGAACCAUGUAAGUCCUACCGCGGGCAUGGUGUGGUCGCACCAUGGAACAUGUCCGCGGAAUAUGAUCCGUACAGCACUCAGAAGAGGAUUAUCGUAGAUCGUGUCAGCCAGGAGCAUGGGCUGCUACAGUGGGAGGAUAGAGGUAGAAAAGAAGCACUGCCUGUUGAGUAUGGUCAGAGAGUCCGAAUUUGGCCGAACCACGCUUGUAUCACGAGCAGUCAGUAUGGUUGGUAUUUGAUCGUUGAUAGUGAGAGUGAAGAUAAGAAUGUGAUCAGAGAUGUCUGGGUUAGGUGGAGAGGUUGGUAA